GCUGUCAUCUCGUCAUUGACACUGUCACAGUCGUGUACACGUUACGGUUCCCUCGUGCUCACGCGUUUCGUCCAGAGCCCCGGUGUAGUUGUCGCGACUCGCUUUGCGUUUUUUUUUGUUUUGUGAUAUGGAGGUACCGUCGUCGUGAGUCAGUGAACAAGUCGUUGACGUCUCGCUGACCAGCUCGGCGCGACGACUUUUGUCACCUCGUGUUGUCAGCCUCGUUGUCGAUGUGUGGUCGGUCAAGUUAAACGUCUUCGCGAUGGAUCGGUGAAAAUUAAGUACGCCCUGAAAGUGAACUACAAGUGGACUGAAAGUGGACUGAAUGUUUGUUAUGGACACAGAAGUUGACGUGCGUGUGAAGACUGAAGAAAUGCGUGCGGUCUGACUUGUGCCGAGACGCAUCCUCGUUUGUAGUGACAAACGGCACAUUCGCGGGACGUUAGUUGGAAAGGUUAAAAACGCUUGAAGGUACGCGUUUACUUAUCUACGUGAGUUCGCAAGGAGGAGCGCGGGAGAAACGGCUUUAACAUGCAUUGAAACGUUGGACGCUCGAUCGUUGGAGUCUCGUACCGAUCUUCGCCAGCGGGCGAACACAGUGAUACGGCGACGUGAACGUCCGGGGCACGAAGCGUGUAUCGCUGGCUGGUCAGGAACGUGCCGGAGUGUCUCGUCGUCUCUACGAGUUGUAGGAAGAGCAGGCACGCGCGUUUGCAACCUUCCAUGGACCACGGAGCGAUGGACAGCUCUUCCGACCACAGCAGUCGUGCCAGUCCCAUAACUGGCAGUCCGAAACAUCCUCACAGCCCGUCGACGCAGCAGAGCCAGCAACAGCAGCAACAGCUCCACGGCAGUCAGCAUCAACCGCCGCCGUCUCAUCAGCAAUCGCACGGGCGCGAUCAGAUCCGCGACCACCAGCAACAGCAUCGCGGUGUGCCGACACCGGGAUCGCCCACGAGAGGUUCACCACCCCAGGGCCUUCCUCUGAGUCCGCCGCCGUUGUCGGCCGGGGGCGGCCCCGGGGCACCGCCGGGUAUGGUGCCUCGUAUGCCGGGACUGCCGCCGCCGGGACUGGGACUGCUGGGCCAGCUCGGUGGUAUGCUGAGCGGACACCAUGGCUCGCCGCUCGAGCUGAUGGCAGCCCAUCACGCAGUUCUGCCACCGAGAUCCUACAACAGUCCACCGCCGAUUAGCACUAGCGAUCCUACUGCCAACGAGUGCAAGCUGGUCGACUACCGCGGUCAGAAGGUCGCCGCGUUCAUCAUCGCCGGAGACACUAUGCUCUGUCUGCCGCAGGCCUUCGAGCUGUUCCUCAAACACCUCGUGGGCGGCCUCCACACAGUCUACACGAAGCUCAAGCGACUGGAUAUCGUGCCGUUGGUGUGUAACGUCGAGCAGGUGAGGAUCCUACGCGGUCUCGGAGCCAUUCAGCCCGGCGUCAAUCGGUGCAAGCUGCUCAGCUGCAAGGACUUCGACAUUCUUUACAGGGACUGCACCACAGCCAGGUAGGUGUUGACGACUCUUGUCAGGUCUCGCGACGAUAGGAUUCUCCUCUUAUCCGUUCGCUUUUCGUUCGUCGCUGCGUUUCGCAAACUGAGCGUUUCUAUACCGAGAAAAACUUGUGCUCGUCCAAGUUCCCGUCGUUAACACACGAUUGAUGUAUUCAUGGCAGAAAAGAGAGAGAGAGAGAGAGAGAGGGCAGGGCCUUUAAGACCGUGACUUGGUAGUUUCGGCGAAACUAAUUUUUUUGAUAUUGCCUCGUGGCGAUCGUGCCGUAGCCAUAUUUCGAACGUUUUUGAGAAAGAUUCCUACCUGUAUAAUAGCGAUGGGUAGCAGAUGUUUGUCUACUAUUAUCCAUAAUUAAUGCCAGUCCGUUUAGAUAACGAGAUAAAAAGAAAAGGAACAGGAUUCCGGAAAUAACACUCUCGUAUCGGGCGCCUCAACGCGCUUUCUCAACCGCCGUUAUUACGAACGGAAGCUACGAUCCUCGCAUACAUUAAUAACGCACGGUGUCGCCGCUGGGCAGCACUUUAUCUUCGCCCCGUACCUUGGCUUGGCUUUCACGCUACCAGUCCGCCAAAAAGUACUUUAAUUGUGCACCACCUACCGCUCCUUAAGACUUGAUCAUCGUCGAAAACAGCUCCCGGUGACCCUCGGGCCUUUUCGUAUAGGCAGUUCACGGAGCGAUCCCCGUGCAUCGUGAAAUUGCCUCGCGAAAUUACAUUUUGCGGUUUAGAAGGAAUGCCACUUCGGGAAUAACUUUAUUUGCAUUCAAGGCGGAUCGCACGAAAAUGCGAGACACAUACGCGUCCGGUUGCGAAAAUAAUAAUUCACGAAAUAGAACAGUCGUCGCGCUGGACCGUACAAUAGAGAAUUAAGAUAGCCGAGUCGUGUGGCAGCGGGGCACGUGCUCCUCGUUUCUAGGAUUGUCACCGAGUUCCCGCGCCAACAGGUGUCCCUUUCACGGCAGUUUCUCUGAAUGAAUCGUCCCCGAAUAGGGAGAGAAAGAGAGGAUGCC